UGACGCUCCGUCGCUCCCGCCUAUUGGCUGCCGCCGUUGGCGUCAUCACGGCGCGCCGGACGGCGGCGCCUUCCCGCUCCUGAACUCUGACGUCAGAGCCGCGCCGGCCUCAGCGACGGAGGAGAGCGGGAGGAGGUGGUAGCGGCGGGAAGAUGCUGCUCUUUGGCGUAAAUUGCAAUCGAUUAGGGAUCGUUUCUCAGACUCAAGUUAGAAGUGAGAGUUCAGAUAAGUGAGGCCGUCCUUGCUGCUUUGAACACCUCAGAAGGGGAGAAUGGAUUUAUCAGGAGUGAAAAAGAAGAGCUUGCUAGGAGUCAAAGAAAAUAAUAAAAAGUCCAGCACUAGGGCUCCUUCUCCUACCAAACGCAAAGACCGCUCUGACGAGAAGUCAAAGGAUCGCUCUAAAGAUAAAGGGGCCACCAAGGAGUCUAGCGAGAAGGACCGCAGCAGGGAUAAGGCUCGGAAGCGACGCAGUGCUUCCAGUGGGAGCAGCAGCACCAGGUCUCGGUCCAGCUCAACCUCCAGCUCCGGUUCUAGCACCAGCACAGGCUCCAGCAGUGGCUCCAGCUCUUCCUCUGCAUCCAGCCGUUCAGGAAGCUCUAGCACAUCCCGGAGCUCCAGUUCCAGCAGCUCCUCCGGCUCCCCCAGCCCCUCUCGGCGCAGGCACGACAACAGACGGCGCUCCCGUUCUAAAUCCAAACCACCUAAAAGGGAUGAAAAGGAGCGGAAAAGACGGAGCCCUUCCCCAAAGCCCACCAAGGUGCACAUAGGGCGGCUCACCAGGAACGUGACCAAGGAUCAUAUUAUGGAGAUAUUUUCUACCUAUGGGAAAAUUAAAAUGAUUGACAUGCCUGUAGAGAGAAUGCACCCUCACCUGUCCAAAGGCUACGCGUAUGUGGAGUUUGAGAAUCCAGACGAGGCGGAGAAGGCGCUGAAGCACAUGGAUGGAGGUCAAAUUGAUGGCCAGGAGAUCACAGCCACCGCAGUGCUGGCCCCGUGGCCGAGGCCACCCCCUCGGCGCUUCAGUCCUCCCAGGAGAAUGCUGCCGCCGCCCCCCAUGUGGCGCAGGUCACCCCCGCGGAUGAGGAGGAGGUCCCGCUCUCCGAGACGCAGGUCCCCUGUGCGCCGGAGAUCACGCUCUCCUGGCCGCCGGCGCCACAGGAGCCGCUCCAGCUCCAACUCCUCCCGAUAAGCAGGGCCUGGCGCUCACCCUGCACCUUGUGCCCACUCAGCCCAGUUGUCACUUCACUAGCCAAAGGAGGGCCUGUGGGAAAGGAUCCCUUGCUGGGAGCAGGCUUGGAAGCA